GCCCACUACAUUCGAGUUCCAAGGGUUUUUCAACUCACUGAUCCACAAUAAAUUUGCCUUGCUCCUCAAAAUUAGGGUUUUGCGAGCUUAGAAAGGAGGAAGCAGCGGCGCAUCAGUUCAACACCACCAGAAAAGCUCACGAUGGCGAGAAUCAAGGUCCACGAACUUAGAGAGAGAUCAAAAACCGAUCUUCAGAGCCAGCUUCAGGAAUUCAAAGCCGAGCUCGCCCUCCUCCGUGUCGCUAAAGUCACCGGAGGCGCCCCUAACAAGCUCUCCAAAAUCAAGGUCGUGAGGAAGUCCAUUGCUCAGGUGCUGACAGUGAUCUCACAGAAACAGAAGCUUGCACUAAGGGAAGCAUACAAGAGCAAGAAGUUCUUGCCUCUCGAUCUCCGUCCCAAGAAGACUCGUGCUAUCCGCAGACGUCUUACCAAGCAUCAGGCGUCUUUGAAGACACAGCGUGAGAAGAAGAAAGAGAUGUAUUUCCCUCUGAGGAAGUAUGCUAUCAAAGUCUAGUAGUUUCGUUUCUCCUUUGCUUAGUUAGCUACCAGAAAUGAUGAUUCAACUCUUUUUGAUUAUUCGCUUAUGUAUUCUCCCUUUUUAUUUUUGGUUCUUACUCAAGUUUGUUAUCGAACAGCCAAUUCUCUCUUUACUCGAAUCAUUUAUCUCAUAGACAUACAAACCA